UUCAGAGCAAGGGAUAAAUAGUUGGACUAGAUUCUCGAAGGUGUUUUUCGCACACUAAAAGGGCGUCACGGGUGUGCUCCACGUGUGGGCGUGGAGCUGAACUGGUCCCUAUAUUAUAAGGAGGAGAGGCAGCGUUGUGUAGCGGGCACCAGUGGAUCCAGUGAGAAGAUAACCAGCUGUCAUUACCGGGUCGACAUUUUGACAAGGGGCUUCUGUCACUGCGUGUGUGUGCGGGGAGACGGAGCUGCCACUUCUUCAUCUUCACCUUCACCCACGUCUACAUCGCCUGUCUGAGGACGUCGGGUGUGUGUAGCAUCGUUUACGCGCCUGCUAACGUUAGCAAACACGGUACGUGUUCACGUAGUGGUGCCGGCGAGUUAGCGUGUGGAGAACCUUUAUUAUUAUUAGCAAAACUCCGUGAUUUGUGCGCGUCAAAACCCCGUGAAGUCGAGUGUUUAAUUCAAGUGAAUGCCUCGUGGAUUGUCAGAUGCUUUCAGCAGAAUGACUGGCUCGCGUGUUUUAACCCGGACGCCAGUCUGGCAGAAAAACAGUCAAAACAGCUGCUUUACCUUACGUAUGAUACCCGCCCGUUGUGUUAUGUAUACAUUUGUAAACGACUCCCGUAAAGCACACAUAGAUACAGGUUCCCUUGAAGAUGCGCAGUUUGCGUAGCUGAAUGAAUGAGCGACUGUUCUGGAAAAUUCCUUCCGCCUUCGAGGUGCGUUUGCGCACGACGUGCAUGCCGUGAAAUGGUGUCGCUUUCCCCAUUGUGUCCACAGAAGUCGUCUUUAAAGCCGUCAACCGCAGCUGGCCUUUAAUUAAAGCGACACUGUUCUUGACAUCAUUUGACCUCUGCUCAGUGGUCAGCUGAUAUUACCUACAGUCUAGUUCCAACGUGGAUUUAUUCUUGAAAACAUGUUAGUGUGGCGUGGCGUGGUGUGGUGGGCGUGUACGUGUGGACCCGUUCCAUUCAUCAGUUUCCUCUGGGCCACGGAAUGUUGGUUAACAAAAGUUUAUGGUCGUAAUUAUUUUUUAUUACUGUUACUGCUACUACAUUUUAUAUGAGGAGCCAGUUUUUAAAAAUGAAAAUCCAUUGCGACCUAAUUAUAAUCUAAAUCUAAAUCAUGAUGACAGGUAAUUUGUGCAUACUAUAAAUACAUGUUUAUUACAAUUUUUUUUGCUGCACUUGUAAAAUAAUGUAAUGCUUGAUAUUACUUGAAGGGAUCACAACUUCAAUUUAUACUUUUAACUAAUAUAAUAAUGAUAAUAAUUAUAAGAUAUAUGCCAUUUUGUUGUCAGAAAUGUGAUCAUUGCUGUAAAGGUGCACUAAAACUUUAGUUUGACAAAGGUAACUUAAAAUAAAAAUGCUGGACUGUAGAGAGAAAGACCACAAGUGCUUACAAGUACACAUAUUUAUUUAAAUGUUCACUGUAUAAGAAUUAGUGAGAAUUGGUGACAUCUAAUUGUGAGGCUGUGAAGUGCAACUACAGUGGCCUUCACAUGCCAGAGAGGAUGCAAACACUCUCUCCUUCUCCUUCUCUCUCUGCUGUUCCUCCUUCCUCUUUGGUUUAUGCAUUGGGUUUAUUUGGGUAGAUCUGCUCACAAUUGGUUGCAGUAAGCUUCCACUUCAAAAUGAGAACCACACGUCCAUUCUGGCUGCUGUAGACUAAAAUACACUAUACACUUAUACAAACAUACUUAUGGGAAGUGUAUUCGAUCUUUUUGUUAAUUCUGUGUAUAAAUUGUUCUCGUUAAACGAUGGUGGUGCUUUAAAUGACUACAUGUUUGUGUGGACCUGUGCAAGAGUGCAAUUCAUUUUUCAAUUUCAUUCAUUCGAAUUUCCUCUGAGCCACAUGAAGUUGGUAAACAUAAGUUUGUGGCUUGAAUUGUUCUUGCGGUUGGUUCUUUAUGAGGCUUUGUUUUACCACAGUCUUUAUAUAAUCAACUUAUCAUGUGAGUCACUACGGCUUUUGCCUCAGCGUCUCUUUUGGCUUUUGAAUACCUGUUGUAUUAAAACCUUCUCAAGGCAUGGCUCCAGCUUCAUAAGGAGCCCUGCCUUGGGAGAUAUUAUCAGCGUCCGGCUACAGGAAGAGGAGAACAAACAGAAUUAUUCAUUUUAUUUAGGGCAAUUUUAGUCAUCCACUUGGGUUAAAGUUAGUGCCCCAUAGGCAACACCAUAUUAUUCUGGCAUUGGUCUGGUUGAGUGGUUUUUAAGUACACUGGGAUUGUACUGAUUAUGUUUGACUCUGCAUAAUAUAACUGUAAGUACACAUUUUUCAUUGAAUGACAUUGCUGUGUUUUAGAGCCAGGGAGUCUUGCCCAGUCUAUGAACAUGUGGAGAAGUGGACACUGGUGAAGAGAUGGAAUGUUAAGUCUAGAAUUUUCUAGACCAGAGGCCUACAACAUCCUCCUCUAAAUCUAGAACAACCUCAGUGCCGGUGGAUAACCCCCAUCCGAAGCACAUCUAGUGAAUUUGAUCUGACGGUGGAUACUACAGCUUCCAUCCAGACAGCAAACCAAAGCAGAGCAUUUCCAUUGCUCCAUUUUUAUUAAUAAAACCCUUAACUUUUACUAUUUAUUUUCCUUUUUUGGAAGGAUUCCUUAAGCUGUGAGCUUUACUUUCAAGGCCUUUUUUUUUUUUAAAGUAAACUAUAAAAAUGCGUCCUUCAAUGGAAGCAGCGGACAUAGCUGUGGUAGCACUGUAUUUUGUCCUGGUGCUCGCCAUCGGGUUUGUUGCCAUGUGGAAAGCGAACCGCAACACUGUGAGUGGCUACUUCCUGGCUGGACGCUCCAUGACGUGGAUUGUGAUAGGUGCCUCACUCUUUGUGAGUAACAUUGGCAGUGAACAUUUCAUCGGCUUGGCUGGAUCAGGAGCAGCGAGUGGCUAUGCUGUUGGAGCAUGGGAAUUCAAUGCAGUUCUUCUUCUGCAGCUGCUUGGCUGGGUGUUCAUCCCUGUGUAUAUCCAUUCAGGAGUCUACACCAUGCCGGAGUACCUGUCCAAACGCUACGGUGGCAACAGGCUAAAGGUUUACUUUGCUUUCUUGUCUAUUUUACUUUACAUUUUUACCAAGCUGUCUGUGGACCUGUAUGCUGGAGCCCUGUUUAUUCAAGAGUCCUUGGGGUGGAACCUUUAUCUGUCCAUUGUCCUGCUUAUCAGUAUGACUGCCUUGCUCACUGUCACUGGUGGACUAGUGGCAGUUCUAUAUACAGAUGCCCUUCAGGCAGUGUUGAUGAUUGGUGGUGCCCUAACAUUAACCAUUAUGAGCCUUAACAAAGUUGGUGGACUAGAGGGUGUCAGGACAAAGUACAUGCAGGCAGUUCCCAAUGUUUCUGCUAUAAUUGCCACUGGAAAUUUCACAUACUCUCCCUCCUGUCGCAUUGACCCUAAACCAAACUCACUGCACAUCCUUCGGGGCCCUCUGGACGAAGACAUCCCAUGGCCAGGAUUCCUUCUUGGUCAGACUCCUGCAUCUAUUUGGUACUGGUGUGCAGACCAGGUCAUUGUCCAGAGAGUAUUAGCAGCAAAGAACAUCGCUCAUGCAAAGUGCUCAACACUUAUGGCUGGAUUUCUCAAAGUCCUUCCCAUGUUCCUCAUAGUCAUUCCAGGAAUGAUAUCCCGUAUCUUGUUCGCAGAUGAGAUCGCCUGCAUUGGGCCAGAACACUGCAUGGCUGUGUGUGGUUCUCAGGCCGGCUGCUCAAACAUUGCUUACCCUCGCCUGGUCCUGGCCGUAAUGCCUGUGGGACUCCGAGGUCUGAUGAUGGCGGUCAUGAUUGCCGCCCUGAUGAGUGACCUUGACUCGAUCUUCAACAGUGCCAGCACCAUCUUCACCCUGGACAUCUACCAAACCAUUCGAAGGAAGGCAUCACAGCGUGAGCUGGUGGUUGUAGGCCGCAUGUUUGUUGUGGUCAUGGUGGCCAUCAGUAUUGCUUGGGUCCCUGUCAUUAUUGAAAUGCAAGGUGGACAGACGUAUCUGUACAUCCAGGAAGUUGCUGGCUACCUCACUCCACCAAUAGCUGCCCUCUUCCUGCUUGGGGUCUUCUGGAGACGGUGUAACGAGACAGGUGCAUUCUGGGGAGGCAUGACAGGUUUCGUAUUUGGUACCAUACGACUGAUCUUGGCUUUUAUCUAUCGCCAGCCUCGCUGUGACCAGCCAGAUGACAGGCCUGCUUUCAUCAUCCAUAUUCACUACAUGUAUUUUGCUGCUGGUCUGUUCUGGAUGUCAGGGCUGGUGGCUGUCGUGGUCAGCCUCUGCACCGCUUCACCAGAUAAGGAGCGGGUCCGUACCACCACAUUCUGGGGUCUCAGCAGCAUUCAAAGGGUUCCCACAAAAGACCAAGAGGAGAUGUACAGGCUAAAUGAUGAGAACCACUGUAAUGGCGACGGAAAGCUUCUUAAAGAAAUGCCUCCAGAUGUCAGAAAGGAGAGGUGUUUGGAUGGAGCGGAUGUCAAACUCCUGGUCCCAUCCACUGACCAUGACCCGGCAACCCCGAGCACAGAAGCCUCACCUGCUACCACUCCUGCAGAACAAUUCAGCAAUGAAAGGAUGGAGAUGAGAGCAGAGGAAGGCUGCCAAGGAACUGCGGAGAGUAGCAGGUGCACGCGUUUACUGGACUGGUUAUGUUCAUACAAGGAGGGAGCACAGAAUGCUGAGCAAAAAACCUUGCAGGAAAAUGCAGAGAUCAUUGCAGAGAUGCUGCAUGAGCCUCCGAGGGUUAAACUUUUCCUCAACGUGGGUCUGGUAUGCGUCUGCUCCGUGGGCAUCUUCAUGUUUGUUUAUUUUUCACUGUAGCUGAGCCCUGCACUGAACUAAUCGAGGGGGGCGGUGCGGGGCUUUGAUGA